CAGGAAUCGGACAACGAGGUCUUCGGAUGAAUGCAAUGUCCUUCAAAAGGGCCCUGUGCUUCCAACAUUUCUCAUCCUGCCCCCAAUGUUCUCAACCUCUACCUCAUGGACUUCUCUGCCACAAGAAAUGAAGCUCGCCGUCAUCGAGUCUCUCAGUCUCCAAGACACCAGAGCUCUGUCGUUGGUCGACCGUAGUACAUACAACGCUUGUCUACCCGUCACAUUCAAGGAUGUCAAAAUCGACGGAUAUUCAGCUCUACUCAAUUUCCUUCAAAACGUACCACGCAACUAUCUGAGUUACAUUCGCACACUUCAACUCAGUACUCAAUCACAACAACCGACCAGCUUCCAUCUCAUCACAGAACAAGUCACCUCCCUACUCAUUUCCUGCCCGUGCAUGGAAGACCUUACUCUUCGGCUCGCUGGCUCGCUCCAUCAUACUUUAGUCUCAUGCUUUUCCCUCCUUUCUGAUCUCAAAAACUUGACGAUCUGUAACACCGCGAUGGAGGAUAUCAGCCCUCUGAGCGAACGCUUUGUCGUCUUCAUCGCCGCCUCCGUCCCGAACUUGCAGACCCUCACUCUCGACCGUAUUUCGCGAUCGAAACUUCAUGCUACCGACCUCAACACCGUGUUCCCUUACGUGCCCCUCGUUUUCGAUGAUGCCGAUAUCCCCAAUCACCCCAUCCUGGGUUCCAACUUGUACCUGCCCUCCCUUCUCCGUAUACCUACUCUCCGCGAACUCACUAUUCGAGAGACACAUCUAGGCGAUCCCAGAUGGGCCACCGUUCCUGUGGCUUGCCGUCUCGAAGUCUUGGAUCUCGGCAGCUGCUACCACGAGAAUGAAGACUUCAACCGCGUCUGUAUUGAGCGCAUUAUGGCCGCAGUUGGGCGAACCGUUGAUGUGUUCUCUCUCGAAACUGCGGUCUCCGACACUGUAUUCGCCAAACCAUCCGUUACCCCCAUGCAGCGUCUUCGAAAACUCCACAUCUCCCCAUUCUUCCCCGUGGACAACGUCGUCGACACCAUGUCCAACCUCGCCGGAUCACCCAUUGAAAGUCUUUCCAUGCAGUGUUUCGAAGAUGACGUUGUUGAUAUGUGCACGGCCCUUGAAGAAUUCCUCAGCUUACGAGUUGAGCGUGGACCAGAUUUCUAUGGGAAACUCUCACGAAUCGAUGUAGCUGUUACCGCACAGGAUGGCGUCCCGCCCACCGUUGAUGAUGAUGCGGAGGCUAUAGACGAACGUUUGAGGGCGACUAAGCGCCUCCAAGAGUUCUGCCAUGAUUUACGCCUUGCGAGUUACUUCAAGAACGCGGUCCCGUUGCUUACGGGUCCUUCCCGAGGACGGUCCUCUAGUUUCUCUGUUGAACCCAGAUGGCCUAGCAUCCAGUCCGUGGCUGACGGACGCGGGAGGUCUAUGACAAUAUGAAUGAUCCUUCCGGGUUUUUUGUGUUUACUCAGGUCCUGUGUUAUAUCUUUUUAGAGGGACUAGUUUGUGUUUUUUUUUGUUCUUUGGGUCUUUAUUCCUUAACUUAUUUGGCUUGUAUCAUCACCUAUACCCCGCAUUGUACUUCUUUUCUUCCUCGCAAAAAAGGAUUUUCCACGUC